AUAUUUUUUACCGUAGUGGUGCGGUGCCCAGAAUCCAGAUAUAGUAUAGGAUAAUCGACAUUCAUUAAAAAAUUAUAUGAAAUUUUAAAAUAUUUUAACGUUUAUUAUCAAUAUAAUGUUCCGUGGUUUUAGAAGUUAGAGUAUCUUCCAGUAUCUCGGUAUUCAGUGUUUACAUGUCACUAUCACAAAUUAUUCACCGCCAUUUAAUAUUUACAAAAUACUAAUGACUAUUAUAGGUAAUGGCACAGAUAAAAGAUUAAAUGGUUAAUUGAUUUCCAUAAUCCACGGCCUACUCGUGUUUAGUGCUGUUAAUGUUAUUUGUUUCGCUUUUGGGCGUUAUGGAUAAAACGUGUGCUACUUCCAGUUUUAAAUGUCAUAAUUGUUUCGUUGUCACCCUCAGGGAUUCUACAAUUUUGUUGGUAAAAAAUACUCCCGGUUACAAUAGUUAUUCACAAAAUGGAUAGUACAAAAAGCAAAUGUGUUUUGUUAACUGGUGGCGCAGGGUAUGUUGGUAGCCAUACUAUUAUACCUUUAAUUGAAUCCGGGUAUGAGGUGGUGGUCUUAGAUAAUUUGUCAAAUGCAUGUAAAGGAAAUGAAGGAGAAAAUCCAGUUCCUAUUUCGCAAGUUGAAAAAUUAGUUGGGAAGCCUGUCACUUUCUAUAACGUUGAUCUCUUGGAUUACGAUUCACUCUCCAAAGUAUUUGAUAAGCAUAAUUUCUGUUGUGUUAUUCAUUUUGCUGGAUUAAAAGCUGUUGGUGAAUCAUGUAUCAUUCCUUUGACUUAUUAUCGAGUCAAUGUCUCAGGAUCAAUCAAUUUAUUUCAAGUUAUGAAAGAACACAAUGUGAAGAAGCUUGUAUUUUCCUCCUCAUCUACAGUUUAUGGUGAACCACAAUUUCUACCAAUAACUGAAUCGCACCCGGUUGGUCAAAAUUUACUCAACGGAUAUGCUAAAUCAAAAUAUUAUAUUGAAGGAAUAAUACAAGACUUAUGCAAUUCUGAUAAAGAGUGGUUUGUGAUUAUUUUACGUUAUUUCAAUCCAGUUGGAGCUCAUCCUUCUGGCACUUUAGGAGAAGAUCCUACUGGAAUUCCAAACAAUUUAAUGCCAUAUGUUGCUCAAGUAGCUGUCGGAAACCGGCCAUGUAUAAAUGUGUUUGGUAACGAUUAUAAUACUGUUGAUGGAACAGGAGUAAGAGACUAUCUUCACAUUAUGGAUCUGGCCGAAGGUCAUGUUAGUGCAUUACAUAAGUUACAAAAUGCUAAUGAAAAUGGAGCAAUAGCCAUAAAUUUAGGGACAGGAAAUGGAUAUUCAGUGUUACAAGUAAUUGAUAUGUUUAGUCAAGUUAGUGGACAAAAAGUAAAAUAUGAAAUUGUUGAUCGUCGAUCGGGUGAUUGUGCUUCUUCUUACUGUGAUGCAUCGUUUGCAAAGUCAUAUCUUGGAUGGGAAGCUAAGAGAACUUUGAAGGAAAUGUGUGAAGAUACAUGGAGAUGGCAAUCAUCAUACCCCCAAGGUUUUUCGACUAAGAAAUAAUCAUAAUAUGGUUAUUUUGAAAUUGUAAACAAGUUAUUAUUGUUGUUUAAUCAUAAUUAUUAUUACUUAUAUAAUGUUUUUGGAAAUUUUUAAAUUCUGUUUAUUUAAUUUGUAGAAUAUAUAGGUAUUGUACAAUAAUACAACUAAGUUAUAACGUAAAAUUAUAUUAUUACUUAUACUUUGCUAACAAUAAUUUUUCUCAAUCUACAUUACUUUCUUAAAUUUAUAUAAGUUGUGGUCUAUGAAUAUGUUUAAAUGUCUAUUAACAAAUCUGCAGUCCAUGCUAUUUAGAAUA